AUGUACGGACGUGCAGUUGGGCGUCGUUCGUUCGACAAGCAUUUGACAACAAGGACGACCUGCACGGUUCGCUCGUGCCAAAUUUUAGGGCUUUGUGAGUCCUUGAUAAAGAACAUUGAAGGGUCAGUGGCCCUGGCGACACAAUUUUCUCUCCAUUUUCACAACUGCAAAGGCAAGCUGAAGCUGAAGCCACACCACUCAUUUCAAUCUUCCCUAAGGGAACUGGGCACUGGAAAUUAUCUAUCUCCUUCCCUACCAGAGACAGCAAACAAUUAA